AUGCCAGCCCAGCAGAAGAAAACCAUCUUCUGCAUAGCUGGGGUGCUGAGCCUCGCCUGCGCGCUGGGGGCCGGGGCCGCCAUCGGCACUCAGCUCUGGGUGAAGGGCACCGUGCUCUGCAGGACGGGAGCCCUGCUCGUCAACGCCACCGGCCCCGAGCUGGACAAGUUCAUUGGGAAAAUCCACUACGGGCUCUUCUCCGGUGAGCGCGUGCGGCAGUGCGGGCUCGGGGGGAGACCUUUCCCGUUCUCAUUUUUUCCAGAUUUGCUCAAAAUUAUCCCUGCGAGUAUCCACAUCAGCGUCAUCCUCUUCUGCACGGUGCUGGUCAUCUUCGCGCUGGUGGGAGCGGGAUUCUUCCUGUUCAAUGCUUUUGGCAGCCCCUACGAAACCCUGCAUGGCCCCGUCGGGUUGUACCUCUGGAGCUUCAUCACCUGUUGCUGCGGCUGCCUCAUCAUGAUUCUCUUCUCUUCCGAAGUGAAGAUCCAUCACCUUUCCGAGAAGAUCGCUAACUUCAAAGAGGGAAGCUUUACGUUCAAGACUCACAGCGAGCAGUUCGCAAACUCCUUCUGGGUCAUCCUGGUUUGCUCCCUGGUGCAGUUCCUGAAUGCCUUGCUGAUCCGAUUUGCUGGAUUCGAGUUUCCCUUUUCAAAGCCGAAAGACGCCGGGAGAGCCAGCGGAGCGGCUGACCUGAUGUAUUAA